GCCUGGAAGAGUCGCCUAGCAGGCUAGGACACGGAGGUGGCGUGGUGAAGGGCUACCACUAUCAGCACCAUGAGGUGGUUCAAGGCUCUACCCGUGUUACUGUGUUCGCUCGCGACGCACACCGAGGCCCAGAACAGUAGUGCUCUUCUCCAGGCCGCUUUGACAACAUUACCAAAAUGCGCUAUCAACUGUCUCGUCACAUCGGUAAAGCAAUCGACCUGUGAGCUGACGGACUUCUAUUGUAUUGCCCAUGAUGCACAGUUGAAUGCGAACAUGGAAGCUUGUGUGCAAGCCAGUUGCACCGUACGUGAGGCGCUAACUACCAAAAACUUUACGGUCACUGCGUAUGGACUGCCAGUGCGUGACCACAGCAAACUCGUCUCUUACAGCGGGAUGAUCGGAGGCGGACUCACGCUUCUAGCAGUCAUACUGAGGUCAUUCGCUCGCAUGCCGUGCUGCGGUGGAACGUGGGGUUGGGACGAUUGGGGCAUCCUGGCUACAAUGAUACCUGUCCUACCACUUACUGCCCUAUCAGUGGUCCUUGCGAACGAUGGUCUCGGCAAAGAUCUCUGGACGGUGCCAUUCGAUAAGAUCACAAAGAUAUUGCAUAUAUACUACUUCGAUGAAAUGCUGUAUCUCUCGUCGAUCGCUUUGACGAAGAUCUCGAUUCUCUUAUUCUACCUGCGCAUCUUCCCGAAUCCAACGUUCCGGAAACUAGUAUGGGUUGGCAUCGCAUACUGCGUUGGAUAUAUUCUGGGCACUAUACUGGCUCUCAUAUUCCAGUGCAAACCGCUCAAUCUAGCCUGGACACAUUGGGAUAACGAGCAUCCCGGACAGUGCUUCAACCUGAACCUCCUGGGAUGGUUGACAGCAGCGCUUAAUAUUUUCGGAGAUCUGAUUGUCAUCUGCCUACCGUUACAUGAGCUCAGCAAGCUGGCCAUGGGAAGAAGAAAGAAAGCAGGCAUCAUGCUAAUGUUCUUGGGUGGAGGCUUCGUCACCAUCGUCAGCAUGCUCCGACUGAAGUACAUGAUUCAGUUCGCCAACUCGCACAACGUUACAUGGGACUACACACCUAUUGGAUACUGGUCGACGUUGGAGGUUCAUGUCGGCAUCAUCAUCGCCUGUCUCCCUGCAGUACGCUCGCUCCAGCUUCGCAUAUUCCCGAGCUCCCGAACACAAAACAGCUACUACCUGGGCCCAGCCGGCGCAUACGGAUAUAACUCCAAAGGUGGCAGCCCGUUCCCCUCAUCAAUAGCCAAAUCGAAAGGUGGACACGUCGAUCUUAUGACUGCAGCAACCCAACCGGCGGAGUACCGCAGCCGCGACCGCACGCCUGGCGACAAAGAGUUCAUCCAGCUGGAAGAAUACGAAUUCCGCCUUGGCGAUAAAUCUUCUUCGUUUGAGAAAGAAGAUGCUUGUAACCCCCGUGGUAAGACUUCAACACAGAUCGAGCGAGGAUCAGUACACACCGACGAUGACGCGGUCUUCCUGCCAAUCCAGAGCACACGCGGCCUCUCGCCGCCUAGAGCAGUCUAUCAGAAUUCUGGAAGGAACACGAGCCCUCAAUUUAUCACCGUGACGAAGGACUACAGUGUCACGGUCGAGAUGACGCCAGAACACUUAAGCUCUAGCCCGCCAAGGGAGAGCGAAGAUAUGGGGAGAGGGAGACGCGAGAGCCAAGUCGCGCUGACAAGGUUUUCGGGAAUAGAGAAGAGUUCAAGUCAAAAACGUUUCGCAUAGCACUAUACCCUCAUUUUUUAAUACC